AUGAAGGAGAAGCCCCGCUCCGCACUUCCAAGCAGGCAGCCGGGACCGACUCGCCGCGCGGAACCGCGACUCCCUCUGUCCCUCUCCCAGCGGGGCCGCAGCGACCUCCGAGCCCCCCGGGCCCUGCCCCCCAGGAUGCGGAUCUCACACUUUCUGGCUUGUGGACUUUCCCUGGCUCUGCUGUCCAUCCGGCUGGAGGCGAGACCGGCGGCGCAGCCCCAGCAGAAGCCCCCCCGGAGCGCGCCGGGACACGAGCUGGCGGAGAGCCUGGCCGCGGGCCCCGAGCGAGGGGAGACGGCGGGCGGCGGCCGGGGUUCGGGCUCGCGGCUGCUGCGGGAGCUGCGCGUGGACACCAAGUCCCGGGCCGCCUGGGCCCGGCUGCUGCGCGACUACCCCGGCACGCGGCGGCACAAGGGCGUCAGCAAGAAGGGCCUGUCCAAGGGCUGCUUCGGCCUCAAGCUGGACCGGAUCGGCUCCAUGAGCGGCCUGGGCUGCUAG